AAAGAAUGGACAGAUUGAAUCAAGUGAUCCCAGUGGUCUCUUCUUCUUUUCUAUCCAGAAAAUAGAUUUUCUGAAGCAAUCAAUCCAAACCGAUUUCUCUUUCUUACAAAAUUAUGGCUGCAAAAUCCCAGUUAAUUACAGGAUUGACCUUGCCAUUGCCACCACCGCAUCCCACCACUUCGUCUUUGCCCUCCUCUAACCACAGCAGCAGCAGCAACAACACUCUCUCUAUGGUCAACCGGCCACAUCUCACGACGUCGUUUUUCAAUGGCGGAGUUCAAGCUUUAAAAGUUAGUGUAAGGACUAAUCCUUCCACUAGGUCCCAUUGCUAUAGACAAGGUGGAGGUGCUCUUGGCACCCAUAUGAACCUUUUUGAUCGGUUUGCUAGAGUUAUCAAGUCAUAUGCAAAUGCUAUCUUGAGUGGUUUUGAAGACCCAGAGAAGAUUCUAGAUCAGACAGUGCUUGAAAUGAAUGAUGACUUGACAAAGAUGCGUCAGGCCACAGCACAAGUAUUGGCGUCUCAGAAACGCUUGGAGAAUAAAUACAAAGCUGCAGGGCAAGCUUCUGAGGAUUGGUAUCGUAAAGCGCAGCUUGCUCUUCAAAAGGGAGAGGAAGAUCUUGCACGUGAAGCACUUAAAAGACGUAAAUCUUAUGCUGAUAAUGCUAAUUCCUUGAAAGCUCAACUGGAUCAGCAAAAAAGUGUUGUUGAGAACCUUGUCUCUAAUACUCGGCUUUUGGAGAGCAAGAUACAGGAGGCAAAGUCCAAGAAAGAUACACUGAAAGCACGUGCUCAGUCUGCAAAAACUCAAACCAAAGUGAAUGAGAUGCUGGGGAAUGUCAAUACAAGUAAUGCUCUUUCAGCUUUUGAAAAAAUGGAAGAGAAAGUAAUGGCAAUGGAAUCAGAAGCAGAAGCCCUUGGCCAGUUAGCCACAAGUGAGCUGGAUGGGAAGUUUGCAUUACUUGAGAGCUCAUCAGUUGAUGAUGAUCUUGAGAACCUGAAGAAAGAAAUUUCCGGUAGCAAAAAGAGAGGAGAACUACCGCCUGGAAGAACAGUUGUCAGUAGCGGGAUUCGAGAUCCUGAGAUUGAGAUGGAGCUCAAUGAAUUGAGACAAAAGAGAAGGGAAUUCUAAAAUUAUUUCCUACGGAUGUGCAAGAACUGGAAUCCGUAUCUCCAAGUACAAAGUUGGAAUAGGUCCUCUUCUGCCAAAAUAUUAGCAUUUAGAGUUGAAGGCCAAACAGAAACAAUUGUAUAGUUGCAACAAACUUGAAUAAACUAGUAAUUUUUUCUCCUCUUUUGGUAUGGGUGAUGCUACACCAAAUCGUCGGCUUGUAAUUGUAAUCUAUAUGCAUUUGUGUUGCAGCAAACCGUGUGAUUUGGAUUGUAGCUGCAACAAACAGCUUUUCUUUAACCUGUAGUUAACAUGACUUUGCCACAAGUAUUUUGGUCUUCAAAAUUUGCAGCAAAACAAGAAUUCCUUAUGUUAA